AUGCGGUCCAACAGCCUCUUUAAUGCGCUCUGCACGCUGCUCUUAGCACUGCUCUUCGGAAAUGCCGCCGCAAUCACUCUUCGUACUGCCAACACCACGGGCAGCGGCGAUUCUAUUGUAGAUAAUCCUACCUUGAAGGGCAAUUCUACUUCCGGUCAAGAGAACAAGACAGCGGCCGACAGCGGCAAAUACCUACUUGGCGUCGGCAAGGCCGACAUCACCGGUCCCAUCGCCGAAGUGGCCCUAACCGGCUACGCCAACCUGCAGCAGAUUGGCUCCGGGCUCCGCCAGCGGCUCUUUGCGCGCGCCUUCAUCAUCGGCGACACGGAGGACCCCAGCGCACGGGUCGUCUACGUCGUCCUCGACGCGCUUGUCGGCGACACCAGCGUGCGCUUCGGCGUCCUCGACGCGCUGUCCAAGCUGGGCGACGACUACACGGCAUACGGCCAGGACAACGUGGCGCUGGCCGCGGUCCACAGCCACUCGGCGCCCGGCGGCUGGAACAACUACCUGACGCCGCAGAUCCCCGGCCUCGGCUUCAACGACGAGAGCUACGACGCGCUCGUCGCCGGCACCGUGCUGGCCAUCCGGCGCGCGCACGAGAGCCUCGCCGAGGGCCGGCUGGACGUGGGCAGCACCGAGAUCAAGAACGCGGCGGUCAACCGCUCGCUGUGGGCGUACCUGAACAACCCGCGGGAGGAGCGCGCGCGCUACGCCGACUCGACGGACAAGACGAUGACGCUGCUGCGGUUCACGCGCGCGGCGGACGGCAAGGUCACGGGCAUCCUCAACUGGUUCCCGACGCACGGCACCUCGCUGUACCGCAACAACACGCACGUCGCGGGCGACAACAAGGCGCUCGCGGCCUGGAUGGUCGAGCGGCACGCCGCGGGGCAGGGCGGACGGUACGCGGCCGGCUUCGUCGCGGGCUUCAGCCAGGCCAACCUGGGCGACGCCUCGCCCAACGUCGAGGGCGCGUGGUGCGAGGACGGCUCGGGUGCGCAGUGCCACCUCGAGGAUGCGACAUGCGCCGACGGCACGGUGCUCAAGUGCCAAGGCCGCGGGCCGCACGCGGGCCUGCCCGACUUUGGCGCGGCGAGCUGCCACGAGAUUGCCACGCGGCAGCUCAACGGCGUGCAGCGCAUCAUGGACGGGGACGCUUGGACGGCGAUCCGCGGCCGCGUGCGGUCGUUCCACUUCUUCCACGACAUGGCCGGCUGGGAGUUCACGCUGCCCGGUGGCGAGGCGGCGCGGACAUGCGCGGCGGCGCUGGGGUACUCGUUCGCGGCGGGCACGACGGACGGCCGCGGCGAGUUUGACUUUGUGCAGGGGAACUCCGGGAAGCCGCACAACCCGUGGUGGAACUUUGUGCAGGACAUCGUGAAGAAGCCGUCGCAGGACCAGGUCGCGUGCCACGCGCCCAAGCCCAUCUUCCUAUCGGCGGGCGAGCUAACGUGGCCGUACGCGUGGGAGCCCAACAUCGUGGACAUGGCGAUGAUGCGCAUCGGGCAGCUCCUGGUCAUCCUGAGCCCGAGCGAGGUGACGACGAUGAGCGGUCGGCGGUGGAAGGAGGCCGUGGCCAAGCAGGCCGUCGCGGACCGCAUCGUCGGUGAGGAGGGGGACAGCAGCACCCCAAUCGUGGUGCUCGGCAGCCCGGUCAACGUGUACGCGCACUACGUGGCGACGCCCGAGGAGUACGAGGUGCAGCGGUACGAGGGCGCGGCGACGCUGUACGGCCGGCACCAGCUGGACGCGUACAUCAACCUGACCACCAGCAACGUGCGGUACCUGCGGGACGACAACCCGACGGGGGGGGAGAAGCCAGCGUCGGGCCCGACACCGCCCAACAACGUGCGGAGCGCGCUGCGGCUGCUCCCGCCGCCGCUGUACGAUACAACGCCGUGGGGGCGGGCGUUCGGCGACGAGCUGGCGCGGCCGCAGCGCGCUUACACGCGCGGCGAGACGGUCAAGGCGACGUUUCAGGGGGCGAAUCCGCGCAACGACCUGCGUCUCGAGGACACGUACGCGGCGGUCGAGCGGCAAAAGGACGGGAAGUGGACGCGGGUGCGGGACGACGCGGACUGGUUCCUGGUGUUUACGUGGCGGAAGACGAGCGCGGUGCUGGGGAGGUCCGAGGUCGACAUUGAGUGGGACACGACGGACGUCGAGCCGGGCACGCACAGGAUCAGGUACUAUGGCGAUGCGAAGAACUAUGGCGCGGCGAAUAAGGGGUUUGUGGGCACGAGCAGUCCGUUUGCCGUGCGGUGA